AUGUAUGUAGUGCCUCCUCCUCAGCGAUCUGAUUCUGGAUCCAAUGGUGAUUUAAGGGUUUACCAAACUUGGAAAGGCAGCAAUAUAUUCUUUCUUCAAGGAAGGUUUGUAUUUGGGCCAGAUGUAAGAUCACUGGCGCUGACCAUUUGUCUCAUUGCUGUCCCUGUUACAAUUUUCUGCAUCUUUGUCGCAAGGAAGCUUAUUGAUGACUUCUCCGAUAGCUGGGGAGUAUCAAUAGUAGCUGUUGCCGUCGUGUUCACCAUUUAUGAUUUAAUUCUUCUGCUGCUUACAUCUGGAAGAGAUCCAGGUAUUAUCCCAAGAAAUGCUCAUCCUCCAGAGCCUGAAGCUCUUGAUGGCAACAUGGAUGCAGGGGCUGGCCAGACUCCGCAGCUGCGACUGCCUCGCAUUAAGGAAGUAGAGCUCAAUGGUGUCACGUUUAAGGUCAAAUACUGUGACACUUGCAUGCUCUAUAGGCCGCCUCGGUGCUCUCAUUGCUCAAUUUGCAACAACUGCGUAGAAAGGUUUGACCAUCACUGCCCUUGGGUUGGCCAAUGUAUUGGGAUGAGGAACUACCGAUUCUUCUUCAUGUUUGUCUUCUCCACGACACUUCUCUGUAUAUAUGUGUUUGCCUUCUGCUGGGUCUAUAUAAGAAAGAUUACGGAUUCAGAGCAUACAACCACUUGGAAGGCUAUGCUUAAAACUCCUGCCUCCAUUGUUCUGAUAAUCUACACAUUCAUAUCAAUGUGGUUUGUUGGUGGCUUAACAGUGUUCCAUCUAUAUCUCAUCAGCACGAACCAGACUACAUAUGAGAAUUUCCGUUACAGAUAUGAUCGACGAAGCAACCCACAUAACAAGGGAGUUGUUAAUAACUUUAAAGAAACGUUUUGUUCCUCAAUCCCUCCUUCAAAGAAUGACUUCAGAGCCAUGGUCCAGCGAGAACCUCCAUUGCCUCCUAGAUCUGUAGCAGGCGGUUUUAUGAGUCCAAACAUGGGUAAAGCCAAUGAUGACAUUGAAAUGGGAAGGAAGGCUGUUUGGGCAGACAUGGGUCCGACAAUGUCAGAUCAUGGUGACGGUAAACAUGGUAACAAUGAGCGGUUACAUGUUAAGGACGGUGAGUUAGGCGAGCUAUCUCCAGACAUUAGGACAACAGUUGAUGAACAGAGUGAUAGGCCGGGAAUGCACCCGAGACGCUCAAGCUGGGGAAGGAAAAGCGGAAGCUGGGACAUGUCACCAGAAGUUAUGGCCUUAGCAGCCAGAGUAGGAGAACAAAACCAAAACGGCGGAGGAAGCAGCAGCGGAAGCGGUUUAGUAACUGAGAACCGGCCUACAUAAUUGAAUACACGGUUUAGAAACUGAAUGAAGAAAGAACAGAGCCGAAAUUUCGGUAUGGUGAAUACAGGUUUAGAGAAAAUCUGAGGGGAGUUACUUUUUCUUUGCUUUUUCAAAUGUGUGUGUUUUGGAUUAUUCAGCUUAAAAUCAGUCUUGUGGUUUGUGGAGGGAUAGAACUUGCUAGUGUUCUUAAUGUGGAAAGUGGUUGUGUUGGGUUGGGUUGGCUUUGUUGUGGUAUUCAAAGGUUGAAUUGGUGUGCUGUUUGUAUGAGUGAGCUUCUUCUGGAUUUGUUUUUUUUUUUUCUUCUACUUUUCUUUUAGCUGUAUGUUAAUACAUUUAACCAGAGAUCUAUGUUUUAAGGUAUUAGAGAAAAACAAAAGAAUUCUCUUAUUA